ACCAAGAGAGAGCGAACCAUCACGAGCCUUAAACAGACGCGUCGGCGCACAAUUUUGAACCUGCUUCUUCGUCUUCUUCUCUCUCUCUGUCUCUCUCUGUUUCAGAAAAGCAAGAAGGAAGGAAUCGCAUAUUUUCCCUCUUUAACUAUUUUUCCCUCACUUUCUAGGAUUCCAAACACGCUUACAGAGAAUUCGAAACCAGGAAAGAGAGAAAAGAUUAGUUCUUGUUUGUUGGGUAUAUAAGGGGAAACAAAGUAAGCGAGGAGAGGAUCUGGAUCGUCCGCCGGAGAAUACGAUGGCGGAUAAUCGUCGGCUUUCUUCUGUGUCGUCUUCGUCUUCUUCCUCGUCGAGUUCGGAACUAGCUUCGGUGAAGAUCGAGCAGGAGAUUGAAGUCGGUGGUUGCAUCAAUGGUUCCGAAGAGUUGGAGAGCAAAGCGGCAACUGUUGCUUCUUCCACCGCGGGCACCAGUGGUGCUGAAACUUCAGAUCCUUGUCCGAAAGGCAUUGUUCGGGUGAGGACGAUGCCGUCAGAGAGUUCUUCAUGUAGUGAAAAGGCGGAAUCAUCUUCGAGCCAUCCUCGGUUGGACAAAUCGAAGACCGAGAGGCAAAGGGUUCCUCACAUUCUUGCCGGGGAUGCAGCAAAGAUAUUUGAUGACAGAAUCUCUGUCAACAAGAAGCUUAAAUUGCUGAACCGAAUGGCUACCGUGAAACGUGAUGGAACAGUUGAGUUUGAAGUUCCAGCAGAUGUUGUCCCCCAUGCACUUGGUGUUAAAACCGAGGAGCCAAACAACGGGCAUGCUCCCGAGGAGUCAAUCGAUGGGGUUGACCUUCAGGACAUUCCCCCGCUUCAAAUCGUUAUACUUAUUGUCGGGACACGAGGGGAUGUUCAACCUUUUGUUGCGAUAGGCAAGCGCCUUCAGGAAUACGGCCAUCGAGUUAGACUUGCAACACAUGCAAACUUUAAAGAGUUUGUUUUGACAGCCGGAUUGGAGUUUUAUCCAUUAGGCGGAGAUCCAAAAGUUCUAGCCGGUUACAUGGUUAAGAACAAGGGAUUUUUGCCAUCGGGGCCUUCAGAGAUUCCGAUUCAGCGAAACCAAAUAAAGGAAAUCAUAUACUCUCUGCUUCCAGCUUGUAAAGAACAUGAUCCUGAUUCCGGGAUCCCUUUCAAAGCUGACGCUAUUAUUGCCAAUCCUCCAGCUUAUGGACAUACCCACGUGGCAGAAGCGCUGAAAGUACCGAUACAUAUCUUUUUCACCAUGCCAUGGACGCCAACUAGCGAGUUUCCCCACCCUUUGUCACGUGUUAAACAAUCAGCGGGAUACAGACUCUCAUAUCAAAUUGUGGACUCACUGAUAUGGCUCGGGAUAAGAGACAUGAUAAACGACCUUAGGAAAAAGAAGCUGAAGAUGCGGCCUGUUACGUAUCUAAGUGGCUCGCAAGGCUCUGAUUCUAAUACACCUCAUGGAUAUAUGUGGAGCCCUCAUCUUGUUCCGAAGCCAAAAGAUUGGGGACCAAAGAUUGAUGUAGUGGGGUUUUGCUUCCUUGAUCUUGCAUCAAAUUAUCAACCUCCUGUAGAACUUGUGGAAUGGCUAGAAGCCGGUGACAAACCAAUUUAUAUCGGCUUUGGUAGUCUUCCUGUUCAAGAGCCAGAGAAGAUGACCGAAAUCAUCGUGGAGGUUCUUCAAAGAACUGGACAGAGAGGGAUUAUUAACAAAGGCUGGGGCGGUCUCGGAAACUUGAAAGAGCCCAAGGAUUUUGUAUAUUUGCUAGAUAAUGUCCCACACGACUGGCUCUUCCCGAGAUGCAAGGCCGUGGUUCAUCAUGGUGGUGCUGGAACAACGGCUGCAGGUCUCAAAGCAGCGUGCCCGACUACCAUCGUGCCUUUCUUCGGGGACCAGCCUUUCUGGGGAGACAGAGUGCACGCUCGAGGAGUAGGUCCUGCCUCGAUUCCCGUUGAUGAGUUCUCUCUUCAUAGGCUCGAAGGUGCAAUAAACUUCAUGCUCGACCCCAAGGUGAAGAGAGCGGCAGAGGAGCUGGCAAGGGCGAUGGAGGAGGAGGACGGAGUGAAUGGAGCAGUGAAGGCUUUCUUCAAGCAUCUCCCGAACAAGAAGUCGAGCCAGGAGCCCGCUCCCGACCAUCAUUCCUCCUUUCUUUCCUUCAGAAGAUGCUUCGGCUGUUCGUAGAAUUCUUGAUCCUCUCUCUAUUUUUGCUUUCGGAUUUCUCUCUUUCUUUUUCUUUUUGUCUCCGUGAGAAUUGCAGACACUCACUGCUGAGAAACUUGCUUAGAGUUUUUAUGCAACCUGGUUGCUGCACACAUACAUUGAUACAUACUGUAAUGUGAUAACUAGUUGUUUGUUUUGGAUACACACUGUAAUGCAAAAUUGUUCUCAUCUCUCAAGUUUUCUUA